AUGGCGGCGGCGGCGCUACUGCUGCUGCUGGUGUCGCUGGCGGCGGCGGCGCCCACGAGCAACACAUCGGACAGGUGGGAGAGGACGAGGAGCGAGGAGAAAUGGCGGAUCGAGGAGGAGACACGGCAGAUCUUCACGGAGUGGAAGGCCAAGCAGGGCACGACCAACAGCUCCCUCGCCAAGGAGGAGCAGCGCGCGUACACCAUGUUCAAGCACAGGCUCGGCCUCAUCGACCGGCGGUGGCAUGACGAAGGCUACUCCGUCUUCUCCUGGGAGAGGGGGAGGAGCGAGGAGGACACGCGCAAGAUCUUGGCGGAGUGGAAGGUACGAGUAGGCAUUACCUACAGCUCCAUCGCCCACGAGGAGCACCGGUACACCAUAUUUAAGGAGGCCCUCCGCGACAUCGACCAGCACAACGCUGGCUACGCCAUCGGGGUCUACAAUAACAACCGAUGCAUCGACCAGUUCAGCCAUCUCACCCAAGAGGAGUACGAAGCCGUUUGCUGCGGGUACUGGGAGGUGAUGCCGUCCGAGGCCGAAUUACAGAGGGUGGGCGAGAUCCAGGAGCGCUUGUGGCAGGCAUUUACUCAUCGGCUAAUUUAA